GGAGGCUACCACCGCGCCGGUGGUAGACGGAAGGGCAGUGUCACUAUCCAGAGUUCUUCCGCGGCCUACCCGAGUCCAAAGUCCAGAGUCACCGAGGCAGGUUCGGGGAGCCUACGGGCCCGUCGGGGUCAUCAGCCGGCAUCCCUCCUGGUUGCCACGGAAACGGCAAGGCCCGCCAGCUCCUGAAACAGCAAACAGCAGCGAGUGCAAAGCGCCCAUUCGGCUCUGCCCGGCGGUCCGGCCAGAGCACGGGUCAGCGGCGGACGGAGCCCUCGGAGGCGGGAGGCAGCGACCUACAGACUUCAUGGGUUAACCCUUUCCGGGUCACGUGGCGCGGGCCGGCCUUUAACACUGGCAUCAGUCCUCCGGCCGGCCGACGAAAGAGAUGAACGUGCGGUCGCUGCUCCUCUCGGUGGAGAGACGAAUUAAUCGCCGUCCCGUCCUUUGGUGAUGCUCAGGGGCCUGCCCUUUUCCCCGUGGACAGAACCCAUGGCCCGCCCCGCCAAUUCCCUCCUCCUCCUCCUCCUCCUCCUUUUCCUCCUCAGCUUCUUUGGGUCCGGGGGCCGGAGCAGCCGGGCCCACGCCGCGGGAAACGGCACGCUGCUCUUCGCCAGGGAAAACACCGUCCGCAACUGCAGCUGCCCCGUCGCCGUCCGGGACUGCGACUACGGCCUGGCCAACCUGCUGUGCUCCUGCAGGACGGUCCUCCCGUCGGCCACGGGCCCGGCCAGCUACGGCAGCGGCCUGACCAUCUGGUUCACCGACGCCACCGGGUUGGCGGCCCUGCUGAAUUUCACGGCCGUGCGGGAGCUGAAGCUUUCCCUGUGCGGCCCGUCCACCCUCCCGGCGGAGUUCCUGGCCAUCCGGGGCCUAAGGAGCCUCCGCGUGUCGGCCGGGGACCGGCGGCUCCGGGAGCGGAGCCUGCUGAUCCACGGAAGCGGCGACCAGAGCCCGGAAGGCGACCAGCCGAGAGAGAGGAGAAGGCUCUCCUACAUUUCCUUCCUGGACACGGCUCUGUUCAACGGGAAUUCGUCUUUAAAAUCGUACAGCGUCGACAACAUCGCUGGCAUCGCCGACUCCUUCCCUCGUCUGCCUUACUUGAGGGUGCUCGCCGAGCCGAGCAACCGAAGUUAUGUGAUUACUUUCAUUUACUGAGCUGGGGUUUCCGCUCAAUUCACUCAGCUACUUGAGGGCCCCCUCCUUGAACCCACAAAAUCGACGACCCCCGUGGGAGUUGGAUUGCGGAGUAACGGAGAGAUCCUGUUCCGCGGAGGGAAACCGGGUUCUUCCCUAGGGCGGUUCUGGUUCUCCGGAGUUUACGAGCCUCAGGCCUGCAGCUUCAGAGCCAUUCAUUCAUUCAAUCGUAUUUAUUGAGCGCUUACUAUGUG